AUGGAGGUGAGACAGUAAGUGGAAGUCUCAUUGAUAAAUACACAAGAAUGGAUUAGAAGCUGUUAUCGUGACCAAACUUCUACCAGAAGAAUUGGAUGACUACUCUGACGAAUUUGAAGAGUGGAAGCUACAGUUUUGUGGUCUUCUUGUCAAUUUUGUUUUAUCACUUGAAAAGAACUUAAAGACGUUUCUUCUGGUUGCUUGCAUUGCAAUUAUACGCCUUUUUUUUUCUGGCGAGUCAAAAUAUCUUAUCUGAUGUGUCAAAGAGAGGUAAUUUCCAAGCAAAGUAGGUCAUAAGAGCUCUAUUGUCAUCUGUGGAGACUUCUUCGACUCAAACAAAAAAUAAAGAGAAGCAAGCUGAUUCUAAAUUACUCUUACAUAAACCUAUUUUAAAACAGUGUCAGCAUCAUUGACCUUGAGCUCGUCAAAGAACUUAAACUACAUACAACUAGCAUUUAUUAUUUUUAAUAUGUUUCGUAUGAUUUAAACCAUUUUUAGGAUAAGAGAUAUGUGCACAUAUGUAGAAUAACCAUGUUCACAUAAAAUAUAUAUCCAAACUGAACACAUAUGACCAUGUAACCACGCUUAUCAUAUAAUAUGGAACACAACUGUACAUAUUUAAUCACCUUAUCUUGCCACAUACAUGGUAAGUACUCAUUAUAUGUAGGAAAAUAAAAGUACAUACCAUUGUACCUAAAACUUGUCAUGAGGAUAGGACUACCAAAGUAGUUAAGCCACACAACUGUAAGAACCGUCUAAAUGAUGACAUAGGAAUUGUGGUAUAUCUACUAAUUCAAAAAGGAAAAAGAACAUUUCUAGCUUUUCUUUGAUAGUGUCUUCCAUGUAAAGGUCAACUCUGACUUUUCUGCAGUUUUAAAAACACAAUUCUCAUGGAAAAGAAGGUGCAGGAGAAUAAGAGAUUCGCAAACUAAGGUGUGACAGAAGAUCAUCUCUGGUCAAGAUGGCUGGAGUUAUGGGAUCACAUGGUAUCUGGAUGAUGAUAAUUAGUGUCCAUGUGAUGCUUUUAGUGUUCGCUCAAGACAAGGAUCCAUUUGUGCUGUAUGACUUCAGGGGAGCAAACCUUUAUCUUGAUGGAAUGGCAAAUAUAAACGAUGGUCGAUUGCAUCUUACAAAUGAUACUGAGACCAGCACUGGUCAUGCUAUGCUCAAAGUUCCCAUGAAUUUCACAGCGUCGUCUCCCAGUUCAUUUUCAUUUUCAACAGAGUUUGUCUUUGCAAUCUUCCCACUGCAGAAGCCUCCUUCCUACGGUCAAGGUAUGGCUUUUGUGGUAGCUUCUAAGAUAGACCUCAUGGCCAACGGCACCGCAACUUCAGGUUUAGGGCUUUUCAGUUUAGAAAAUAAAAACAAAACUGAAAAGCAGAUCCUAGCUGUAGAGUUUGACACAAAUAAAAGCUCUGAACCACUUGACGAAAGCGGAAACCAUGUAGGGAUUGAUAUUAAUAGUAUAGUCUCGGUCCACCAUGCCGAUGCUGGUUACUAUUCGGAGGGAAAGAUUAAACCCCUGCUGCUUGCGAGUGGAGAUCGUAUUCUUGUCUGGAUAGAUUAUAAUGGAGUAGAGAAAUUACUAAAUGUAACGCUAGCUCCGGUACCAAAGUCAACGCCAGGUUCACCUUUCUUGUCAAGUUCCAUCAAACCAAGUUUGCCUCUCUUGUCAAAAUCCAUCAAUGUUUCAGAGAUUUUCAAUAAGACCAUGUUUGUAGGUUUCUCUGGUUCCACAGGCUCAACCAGAAGUGACCAAUACAUUCUUGCAUGGAGUUUCAAGAAAGGUGGCAAAUCAGAAAGCAUUGACCUCUCAAAGGUUUUGAAUCCCCCUACUCGACCGCCACCACCCUCAGCACCACCACCACCAGCAGCGUCAGAGUCUAAAAACACCAAAAAGACCUUGAUUCUAGUUGCUACUAUACCUUCAAUUGCUAUUCUUCUGAUGCUUGGAGGAAUCUUGUAUCUUUACCAGAGAAGAAAGUAUGCAGAGGUGCUUGAACAAUGGGAACAAGAGUACAUCCCCCAAAGGUAUUCCUUCAAGAACCUCUACAAAGCAACCAAAGGUUUCAAGGAGAGUCAGCUACUUGGAGCCGGAGGUUUCGGAAAAGUAUACAAAGGAGAACUUCUUUCCGGUACUCAAAUCGCGGUCAAAAGAGUCUCCCAUGAUGCAGAACAAGGAAUGCAACAAUACGUGGCAGAGAUCGCUAGCAUGGGAAGGCUAAGGCACAAGAACUUGGUGCAGCUCCUUGGCUACUGCAGACGCAAAGGUGAAUUGCUUUUGGUUUAUGACUACAUGCCAAAUGGAAGCCUAGAUAACUACUUGUUCAAUAAAGAAAAAGUGAAAGACCUCACUUGGUCUCAGAGAUUGAAUAUAAUCAAGGGAGUAGCAUCUGCCCUUUUGUAUCUUCAUGAAGAGUGGGAGCAAGUUGUGUUACACAGAGAUAUUAAAUCUAGCAAUAUUCUUUUGGACGCUGAACUAAAUGGUAGGUUGGGAGAUUUUGGGCUUGCAAGGUUCCAUGACCGCGGCCAGAAUCUUGAAGCCACGCGUGUGGUAGGAACCAUUGGCUACAUGGCACCUGAGCUAACUGCAAUGGGAGUGGCUACCACGAAAACCGAUGUCUAUGCUUUUGGAUCUUUUAUCCUUGAGGUGGUUUGUGGGAGGAGGCCAGUCGACCCUGAGAGACCGGUUGAGCAAAUGAUUUUGAUGAAGUGGGUUGCUACUUGCGGAAGCAGAGAUAAUUUAAUGAUUACUGUUGACAGUAAACUUGAAGGAAACUUCAAAGCUGAAGAGGUGAAGAUGCUUUUGAAGCUAGGCAUGCUUUGUUCUCAGAGCAACCCUGAGAACAGGCCUAGUAUGAGACAUAUAGUACAAUAUCUCGAAGGGAAUGUUCCUGUUCCUAGCAUAUCAUUUGAUACAGCUGGUUUUGGUAUGCCUAAUAUAAGCAAUGAAACGGUAACGCAAAUGACAACCACUUCCACAUCAGCUAAUUUCUGUUUUGAAGAUGUUACAAUCCUAUUUGGUGGUCGUUGAAGCCUGCUUCACAGGCUGCUAAACUUACAAGUAAGCUUCUUUGUUUUGCUACAAUGCUGUCUUUUAAGCGCAUGUAAUAUAUUUGACAGAUUUUUUUCCUUUUGCUACAAUGUUGUUCAGUGAAUGAUUGUGUAUUUGAAAUUUUCUUUUAUUUUGCUACAAUGUUGUUUACUCUUGAUAUAAAUGGUUGCAUUGUGAUGUGUUGUUGUUCCAAACUGUGGAAGCACACUGACAUGUCAGGUUUAAAGCCAAGCCUUGUCAGCGGGUUUGAGCAUCACAUGGCUCUUAUAAUAGAGUACUAGAAUCAAAAGUAAUUGUGUCUUGAUUCGAAGAAAUAUGUGUAUCUCAAUAUAACCCACAAAAUGAGUAGCUUGAAUAAUCUAAAUUUGCAUGUCCAAAAUCAAAACUCUAAAUGCAAAAAAAAAAAUAUAUGAAAAUUUUGAUUUAUUUCAGCUAAAAAAUAUUAUAGUUAAACUUAGAGAAGUAAAUUCAAUUCGAUAUACCCAAAUAAUAACCAAAUCAACUAGAUACUAUAUAUUCAAAUUGCACAUUUAAAUUAAAAUAAAUAUAAUAUUAUUUAAAAUAAAUCAUACAUA